GAACCUAACCAGAAACGCGCCGUAGAACGAGCGAAAUAUGGUUUUCCUUGGUGCUCGCGUACUUGCAAUAUUAAGUCGACGCUCUAGUUGUCUGCGACCCAACGUCAUACGAUUUGCGAGCGUACUGCCAGAUGCUGCAGUUGACUACGAGACAGCAAAGAGAGAAUUCCAUUUGGACGUUCCUCGACAUUUCAACUUUUCUAGCGUCAUAGAGAGAUGGGCUGCAAUAGAGAAGGCUAGAGGAAGACAAAACCCCGCCCUGUGGUGGGUUGAUGACAACGGCAAUGAACGCGGAUGGUCGUUUGCGGAGCUAGUUGAUAGCUCCAAAAGGAUUGCCAACUUGUUGACUGGAAUUUGUAAAUUGAAAAGAGGAGACAAACUUAUUCUUGUCUUACCAAGACUUCCUGAGUGGUGGAUGGUCAAUUUAGCCUGCAUCAGAGCUGGAAUUAUAGUAAGUCCUGGCACAACUCAACUGACUUCCCAUGAUAUUAAGUACCGACUGGUGACUUCUGAAGCAGCAUGCAUUGUAGCUGAUGGGGAAAAUGCUGACAAAAUUGACCAGAUAUCUGAUCAAGAGUGUCCUGAUCUCAAGGUUCGCCUUCUAAUUAAUGGUGAUGGUAACAGACAAGGAUGGAUUCCGUAUCAUGACUUUGUGGAAGAAACUGCUGUCUCGAAUGAUUAUGAGAUGUGUGACACUUUGUCAUCGGAACCAAUGAACAUUUUUUUCACUAGUGGAACAACUGGUUUUCCCAAAAUGGCACUGCAUACGCAUGCCAGUUAUGGCCUGGGUCAUCUGAUUACAGGAAGAUACUGGUUAGGACUUACUCCUAAUGACGUUUUCUGGAGCAUGUCUGAUACUGGAUGGGCAAAAGCAUACUGGUCAUCAUUGUUUGCUCCUUGGUCAGAAGGAGCCACUGUGUUUGUUCAUCAUACUGAUAGUUUUGAUCCUAGAAGAACGUUGCAGGUUUUGAGUUCAUAUCCAAUAACAAGUUUUUGUUCUGCACCAACUGCUCUUCGAGUAUUGGUUCAUGAAGAUUUGAAGAGUUUUCAGUUUCAGUCACUAAGGCAGGUGGUCAGUGCUGGAGAACCUCUAAACCCUGAAGUCAUAGAGCAAUGGAAGGCAGGCACAGGCAUAACAAUCAGAGAAGGAUAUGGCCAAACAGAAACAACACUGUUGUGUGGAACCCUCACUGGUAUGGAGGCUCGGUUAGGUUCUAUGGGUAAACCAGCACCGGGAUAUGACAUCAAAAUUAUUGACAAAGAUGGAAAUGAGAAUGAUGUCGGUAGUGAAGGAGAAAUUGCAAUUAAACUGGCACCCAAGAGGCCAGUUGGACUGUUUUCAGGAUAUUUGAAUGACCAAGAACGUACGGAGUCGUGCUUUGUUGGUGAUGACUACUAUCUUACUGGUGACAGAGGCUACUUUGAUGAAGAUGGAUACAUCUGGUUUGUCAGUCGUUCAGAUGAUGUUAUCAUAACAGCUGGGUACCGUGUUGGGCCGUUUGAAGUAGAGAGUGCUCUUGUCAGUCACAAAGCUGUUCUAGAAUCGGCUGUUGUGGGUAGCCCUGACAAAGAGAGAGGCACAAUUAUUAAAGCUUUUGUUGUGCUGUCACCCGGGUAUCAAGGAAAUGAAGAUUUGAAAUCCGAGUUACAGACUCAUGUUCGAAAUGUUACCGCACCUUACAAAUAUCCUAGAAAGAUUGAGUUUGUAGCAAGUUUACCUAAAACCAUGAGUGGCAAAAUCAGACGAGUAGAACUCAGGGAACUUGAAAUGAAGAAUUCUAAAUCCAUGGAAUCUACGUGAACUGACAGACAGUAACAGGACUUCAGAACUCGAUCCUCAUACUUACUGAAUGCAUAUUAAUAAUAGAGCUAGGAUCUUGCUGGUAUAUACUAGAUCAAAAAAAUUAUCUACCCUUUGUGGUUUGUCUUUAAAAUAGUCAUGCACAACAAGCAAACCAU